AUGUCACCGAGUGCCACUCGUCUAAACUCAGCAACGGCUCCGAUUCUUGGCCAGUCGGGUAUGUCGGAGAGUGCCACUGUCGAUCGUUUCUCCCUUGUUCGAGCUUUAAUGAGCAAAACUACAACAGAAAAGGCCACUACAAAUGAUCUCCCAAUUCCCACUCAGUCCAGCAAUGAAGGGGAACAGAAAGAGCCAGAGGAGAAUGAUGAGAGGGACGAAGGGAAGUCAAAGGAGGAGAAGAGGGUGGACAAACCUUCAACUGAAGUGCCUACUACAGAAAGUCUUCCAAUCGCUACUCAGGAGAGUGCUAAAGAGGAAACGAAUAAGCCUGAAGAGAGUGAAGAGAAAGAGGAAGAGGAAGAGGAGGGGAAGAAGGAGCAAAAUGGAGAUGGAGAGACGCAAAAAAAUCAGAGUUGA